AUGAAAGUCGCCGCUAUCCUCUUCUCUGCCGUCAGCGUCCUCGCUGCCUCUGCUGCCGUUUUGGACUUCAAGAACCCAGAUGCCGCCCUUGGUGAACUAGUUCAUGGUGACCACCAUGGUCUCAAGGCUGUUGUCUUCGAAGCCGCUGCUGGUGCUGAUGUCAAUGGUUUCAACUGCGCUGGCCACUUCACCUGGGCCGCUCCCGCUGGCAAGAAGGUUGCCAAGGUCAAUGCCGUGUCUCAGUGCAAGGCUGGUGAUAUCGCUGUUGUCCACGUUGCCUUGGUUGAUGGAAAGGAUGUCUUUUUGGGCUUCAAUGGUAAGGUUCACGAGGAGCUCACCCAUGAGGCUUUCGUUGCCAAGCUUAAGGAUGCUGGCUGCCCACAUGCCCAUGAGUUGCCAGAUGACAACUUGUUCAACAAGCUCAAGGAGUCCUUGAAGGCUGCUGCUCAUCAAAGUUCUUCCUAG